GAAAGAAAAGGAAACGGAAUUUUUUAUUCCGGGAAAAGAUAUCAUGAAUUUCAUUUUCUUCCUCCUUUUUCGAUAUCUGUUCUUCUACAAGCUCCAUUUGUCCCGUCUGUGUUUUUUUUAGGUUCUAUCUCUCUCUCUCUCUUUAUAUCGCCAAAAUUCCUCCUUCCGAACGCUCACAUUUUCACCUUUCUUUGGAGCUCAUGGGUCUUUGAUUAGUAGUAUCUGACUCAAGUUCUAAAAGGGAACGGAUUUUCUCACCGGAAAAGAUGGCGGCCGCCGCCGAGAAGCCCAGCUGCAAAGGGCAAGCAUGGUUUUGCACUACUGGGUUGCCGAGCGACAUAGUAAUCGAAGUUGAUGAUAUGAGUUUUCAUCUUCACAAGUUUCCUUUGAUGUCGAAAAGUCUGAAACUUCAUCAGCUGAUAACAGAGCAAGAGGCGAAAACGACACUGCCCUCUACCACCAGGCGACAACAGCGGCAGCAAUCACAGGAGGGACAGCAUGAAAUCCAGGAGGAAGAGGAGGUAGAAGAAGAAGAAGAACAAGUAGAAGUCGACGAUCUCUGUCAAAUUUCCCUCCCGGAAUUUCCGGGUGGGUCCGAGAGCUUCGAGAUGGCUGCCAAGUUUUCUUACGGCGUCAAGAUCGACCUAUCUUCCUCCAACGUCGCCCCGCUCCGUUGCGCCGCCGAGUUCCUUGAAAUGACGGAGGAAUACUCUGUGGACAACCUCAUCUCCAAGACCGAACUGUUUCUCUCCCAGUCUGUCUUCAAAAGCCUCAAAGAAUCGCUGAAGGCCCUCAAAUCAUGCGAGCCAGUGUUGCCCCUCGCCGAGAGUCUAGGCAUUGUUCAGAGAUGCAUCGAUUCCGUCGCUUCCAGGGCGUCCUCUGCAGAUCCGACGCUGUUUGGCUGGCCGGUUAACGAUGGAACUAAUGAAAUUCGAGGAUCUUCAAGCCAGGCUCCGUGGAACGGGAUAGAGAAAGGUUUGCGGAGGAAAAAUUUGGCCAGGGGAAACAAUGCAGAAUCCUGGUUUGAAGAUCUGGCGCAGUUGAGUUUGCCGAUGUUCAAGCGAUUGAUCUUUGCAAUGAAAACGCGGGAUUUGAAUCCGGAAAUCAUAGAAACCUGCCUUAUGUAUUACGCCAAGAAGUACAUUCCCGGAAUUUCAAGGUCCAGCCGGAAGCCAUCCACCUCCGGCCCCGCCGCUUCAGAGAACGAACAGAGGGAGCUGUUGGAGACUAUAAUCGCGAAUCUUCCACUGGAGAAGAGCUCCAGAUCGUCAACAUCUUCUCGUUUCCUGUUUGGAUUGUUGAGAACUGCAAAUAUACUAAACGCCUCUGAAUCAUGCAAAGCUGCUCUGGAGAAGAAGAUAGGAUCUCAGCUCGAGCAAGCUACCUUGGACGAUCUGCUGAUUCCAAGCUAUUCCUAUCUCAAUGAAACACUCUAUGAUGUUGAUUGCGUGGAGAGGAUUCUAAGCUACUUCUUGGAUGGAUUGAAAGAGAGAAACUCGACCGGAAUCCAAGAGGAGGCCGGAGAUGAUAAUAACAGCCUUCGAUCUCCGGCAUUGAUGCUAGUCGGAAAACUAAUUGACGGUUAUCUCUCUGAGAUUGCAUCGGACGCGAAUCUCAAGCCCGAGAAAUUCUACAAUCUUGCAAUUUCUCUCCCUGACCAAGCCAGGCUCUACGACGACGGUCUCUACAGAGCCGUCGACGUGUAUCUCAAGGCGCAUCCAUGGCUACCGGAAUCUGACCGAGAAAAGAUUUGCAGCGUAAUGGACUGUCAGAAACUGACGCUAGAGGCGUGCACUCACGCGGCUCAAAACGAGAGACUACCAUUACGCGCGGUGGUACAAGUAUUGUUUUUCGAGCAGUUACAGCUCCGGCACGCAAUCGCAGGGACGCUGCUGGCAGCGGAGACAGCGCCGACAGAUCCGGGGAGAUUGUCAGUGAUGAGGAGAGAGGAGGAGGAGGAUGAGGAGGAAGAGGAGGAAGUUCCGGCGCCGCGUGCGGAGGAAGGGAACAACAACAACAACGGCACGUGGAGGGCAGCGGUGAGAGAGAAUCAAGUGCUGCGGCUGGACAUGGACAGCAUGAGGACGCGCGUGCAUCAGUUGGAGAGAGAAUGUUCGACAAUGAGGAAGGUAAUCGAGAAGAUCGAGAGCGGCGGCACACGCGGCGGCGGAGGGUGGAGAGGGUCGUUGAACAGAAGGUUCGGGUGUAAAUUCAAGACGCAGGUGUGCGAUUCGCAUGAGCCAACGGUUGUAGAGGCGAGGAGGGGGAGGCAGCAUCACCAUCAACACCAGUAGACCUGGCCGCACAGUAACAUAUUCAAGAAUGAAUUUUUCGUGAUUUUGUGACUUUGUUAAUGUGUCCGUAAUUGAUGAUGCUGUGUCGCCGCGUUAUUAACUGUGAGAAAAAAGCAAAAAGAAUAAAAUCACUUAAUUUAU